GGAUUACCUGCAAGUCGCGUGAGGUAUAGAGUAGACGAUGUCCAGUUUCCUUACCCUGCCAGUAUUUUUGAUGUGGAAGAAGAUUCUGGAAGAGUAAUAACUCGAGUCAAUCUCAAUGAAGAACCAACAACAAUUUUUAAGUUGGUGGUCGUUGCUUUUGACGAUGGUGAGCCUGUUUUGUCCAGCAGUGCCACAGUGAAAAUUCUUGUCCUACAUCCUGGAGAAAUCCCACGUUUCACACAAGAGGAGUAUAGACCUCCUCCAGUAAGUGAACUUGCAACCAGAGGGACCAUGGUUGGUGUAAUUUCUGCUGCAGCCAUCAAUCAAAGUAUUGUGUACUCCAUUGUUUCCGGAAAUGAAGAAGAUAAAUUUGGAAUUAAUAACAUCACAGGUGUUAUCUUUGUGAAUGCCCCACUGGAUUAUGAGACAAGGACGAGCUAUGUACUUCGAGUCCAAGCUGAUUCACUGGAAGUGGUCCUCGCCAAUCUCCGAGUUCCUUCAAAAAGUAAUACAGCAAAAGUGUACAUUGAGAUUCAGGAUGAAAAUGAUCAUCCCCCAGUGUUUCAGAAAAAAUUCUACAUUGGAGGUGUAUCUGAAGAUGCAAGAAUGUUUGCUUCUGUGCUCAGAGUGAAGGCUACUGACAAAGAUACUGGCAAUUAUAGUGCCAUGACGUACAGACUCAUAAUACCACCAAUUAAAGAGGGAAAAGAAGGAUUUGUGGUGGAAACAUACACAGGGCUGAUCAAAACUGCUAUGCUUUUCCAUAAUAUGAGGAGAUCUUACUUCAAGUUCCAAGUUAUUGCAACUGACGACUAUGGGAAGGGACUGAGUGGCAAAGCAGAUGUACUUGUCUCUGUGGUAAAUCAGCUGGAUAUGCAAGUCAUUGUUUCUAAUGUGCCCCCGACUCUAGUGGAAAAAAAAAUAGAAGAUCUUACAGAGAUUCUGGAUCGCUAUGUUCAGGAGCAAAUUCCCGGUGCCAAGGUUGUGGUGGAAUCCAUUGGCGCUCGCCGGCAUGGAGAUGCCUUUUCUCUAGAGGAUUAUACCAAAUGUGACUUGACUGUCUAUGCAAUUGACCCCCAAACCAACAGAGCCAUCGACAGAAAUGAGCUCUUUAAAUUUUUGGAUGGCAAACUGCUCGAUAUCAAUAAAGAUUUCCAGCCGUUUUAUGGGGAAGGAGGACGCAUUCUGGAGAUCCGGACUCCAGAGGCAGUGACCAGCAUUAAAAAGAGAGGAGAAAGUCUAGGGUACACAGAGGGAGCCUUGCUGGCUCUGGCCUUCAUCAUCAUCCUCUGCUGCAUUCCUGCCAUCUUGGUGGUUUUGGUGAGCUACAGACAAUUUAAAGUACGCCAGGCUGAGUGCACCAAGACAGCACGAAUUCAAGCCGCCUUGCCCGCAGCUAAACCAGCAGCGCCCACCCCCGCCCCAGUGGCAGCGCCCCCGCCACCGCCGCCGCCACCUCCGGGUGCGCAUCUCUAUGAAGAACUGGGAGACAGCUCGAUGCAUAAGUAUGAAAUGCCUCAAUAUGGAAGCCGCCGCCGAUUGCUACCACCAGCUGGACAAGAGGAAUAUGGUGAGGUGGUUGGUGAAGCUGAGGAGGAAUAUGAGGAGGAAAAGGAAAAGCCAAAGAAAAUUAUAAAGCCAAAAGUUGAAAUUAGAGAGCCUAGUGAGGAGGAAGAAGUAGUGGUAACUGUUGAAAAACCUCCACCCACUGAGCCUACGUACACAACAUGGAAGCGAGCCAGGAUAUUCCCAAUGAUUGUUAAGAAAGUUAGAGGACUAGCUGAUAAGAGAGGCAUCCCUGACCUUGAGGGGGAAGAGUGGCAGAGAGGCCUGGAGGAAGAAGAUAAAGACUAUUUGAAACUAACUCUGGACCAAGAUGAAGCCACAGAGAGCACCGUAGAAUCAGAGACAGAGUCCUCAAGCGACUAUACUGAAUACAGUGAAGAGGAGUCCGAGUUCAGUGAGUCUGAGACUACAGAAGAGGAAUCCGAGUCAGAGACACCUUCUGAGGAGGAGGAGAGUUCGACCCCUGAGUCAGAAGAAUCUGAAUCCACAGAGUCAGAGGGAGAAAAAGCAAGGAAAGACAUUGUGUUUGCAAGAAGAAGGCCCAUGGUUGAGGAGAUCAAGGAAGUCAAAGGUCGCAAAGAGGAGCCACCUGAAAAACAAGAAGAACCUAAGGUGGAAGAAGAGCACCCAGAAGGAGGACAGGCAGGUGAACCAGGGCCAGUGGAAGAACACAGAGACCUAGAAGUUCAAGACGUCCCUGAGGAGGGCAGUGCAGAAUCAGCUUCAGUGGAAGGUGGAGUGGAGAGUGAGGAGGAAUCAGAAUCCAGCAGCAGCAGCAGCAGCAGCAGCAGUAGUAGCAGUAGUGAAAGUCAGUCUGGAGGUCCAUGGGGCUUCCAGGUGCCAGAGUAUGACAGAAGCAAGAAUGUAAAGCAAAGGAAGUCUCCAGGAGUAAACUCUGAAGGUUACAACACAGCACUUUAA